AUGGCUUCGUAUGUGCGCAUAUCGGCCGUGAGAAAUAUCAGUCGCCUCUGGGCGCCCCGUGCACCGCGUUUCGUCAACCAGCGACGAUGGGCCCAAGUCCAUGACGUACGUUUCUUGGCCACGACGCGACCGUCCCAGGCCAUUAUCGACAAAUACCGCGAGAAGCUGAACCAAAAAGCAAAGACAGAGGGCUUCAAGGAUAUCGAAGAACUCAAGUCAGCCUACUCAGAUAAGAUCAAGGAAACCCGCGCCAAGGACGCCGUCGAGUUCCCGAUCCCCCAGGCUCCCAACACCCCCGUGGGUCAAUCACACCGUGGCCCUCUCCCUGAGAGUAAGCUGAACCCGUUACCUCCAGACUCGGGUGUCCAGAUCCCCCAGGCGCCCAACACACCUGUAUCCCAGCCGAACAAGCAUGGGCCUACACCGUCUACGCCAGGCUCUCCGGCUGUCCAAGCAGCUCGUCGAGCCUCUGGCUCCGAGAAACCUGCUAUCAAAGGAUUGAACGACAUCAUCGAUUUGGAAAAGUGCCGUGGGCUACCGGAGAAGGAGCUGACGAUGAUCUGGCGACUCCGUCAUGCGCAAUCACCCCAGAAGAUCUGCGCCGUCGUGCCGGCGUCGACAUACAAGGCCAUGGAAGAGGCCGCUAAGAGGUCGCCGCAAUUCGUUCUGCCCGUCCCUCACGAGGGCCAAGGGGCUGAGAUGCACUUUUUGCAGUGGACCUUUGAUUCAGAAUCACGUACUAGUACCGUCCUCUUCACCCAACUGGCCGAAUACAGGGCUCGUGGCGAAUUCGCGCAACCGCACACGACGAUUACACACCAUCUGGACCUGCUGGAUGAGCGUGGACUCGUCAUGAUGCAGGGGCAGUUGGUUGAUGGCAGAGGCGUCAAACCGGAGCAGGCUAAGUGGCUCGUCAUGUGUCUUCAGCGCUUUUACGGUGCCUGGGAGAGUAAUGGUUCCGAGCUCACAGGCGAGAGAAAGGUGAGGGCUGAAGAGCGCAGGGCACUGCUCAACUGGUUCUCCACGGGUGACGAAAGGUUCACAGUGGAGAGGCUUUUGGAUGAGGCUGAGCGCAUUGGCUGA